AUGCAUUUCUACUCUAUCUUCGUCGCUACCGUUGCUUUGAUGGUUUCUACUGCCUCUGCCAGCGAGGAACACUGGCAAAAAGCCACUUACGACUGCCUCAACGUCUGCCACGAAUCGUCGAACACCUUCAGGGCUGCUGGACCUGCUGCGACAAUUCUUAAACCGGGCAAGGAUGAAAAGUAA